AUGACGCUCUCCCUGCCAAAGAUUGGGAUCCUCUCCAUCGGAGAUAUGGGAAUGGGCAUCGCCAAGUUGCUCGUCUCGAGAGGCUUCUCGGUUGCCACAAACGGCCAAGCGACAAUCGCCAGAGCCCGCAGUGCCAAUGUAGAGGUCCUCAGCUCCGACGCUCACCUCGUUGAAUCGCGGCCGUUCAUCCUCUCGGUCGCACCACCGAGGGAUGCGCUCAGCAUCGCCCGGCGCAUCAUCGACGCGACAGCAGCGAUAAACCUAGAGAAGCCGCUCUACUUUGCAGACCUCAAUGCCGUUUCCCCCGCUACCUGCAAGCAAAUGAGCCACAUGUUUGAAGAGGCCAACAGUCCCGUCCGCUUCGUCGAUGGCUGCAUCAUCGGCGGACCGCCGAAGCGCAGGUCCAACAGCGGCAGCACCCCGUCAGCUGCGGAUGCAUGGUACGUUCCCAGCAUGCCGGCAUCCGGACAAUAUCCCCUCAGCGAGGCGUGCCCCGAACUCGCCGAGGCGUUGAACAUGCGCCACAUCUCCUCCGAGGUCGGCGCCGCCAGCGGGUUGAAGAUGUGCUUCGCGACAACGACCAAGGGCUUCAUGGGCUUAGCUAUCCAGGCCUUCACCACGGCGUCCACGCUCGGCGUCGUCGACGAGCUGCGCAGGGAGAUGAGCGAGGCCGCGCCGGACUUGCUGGACUUUGCCGAGAAGUCGGUGCCCCUCGUGCCGCCCAAGUCGUACCGGUGGGUGCGGGAGAUGGAGGAGAUCUCCGAUACGCACCGAGCCGAGGGCGGCUUCGAGAGCGAGAAUGAUGUCUUCCUCGGCAUGGCGGAGCUGUAUCAAGCCAUGGCGGAUGAUCCCGUCUUGGGCGCGGAGAAGGUUGGGGAGAGGAAACGGGGGACGACGAUCGACGAUCUGGCUGUGGCGUUGGGGGACGGCUUGGCUAGCAAGAAGGAGAACAGGCAUCACUUACUCGCGAUGAGAAUCGACCUAGGAGACAAAGCGAGCAAUGGAUUCGCAGCCAGACAGGGCUCAUCCUCACGAGCGUGGGAUCGCGACGUCAAGCUCCCGCCCGAAGACCCGAGCUUGCCUCUCUGCUCCCGACACCGCGUUAUGGACCUCACACAAUCCGAUUUCGCGGCCAGGCCACAACAGCAAGCGCUGCCGCCCGAUUGGCACUUUGGCACGCUGUCAGACGUUAUCAAGCGAAGCAACUACUGCGGAUUCUGCAGGAUGAUUGCCUCGUCCAUAUCUACGACUGCUUUCAAGGACGAGGUGGAGGUACUAGCUUGUUGGGUCCCGGAUGUGACUUUUGAGGGAACGGAGAGUGAGAGCAAGACCACCAUGAACACGCUAAGGUUACGAAUUGCGCCAGAGAUGGUGGGAUGGGAGGACGCGUUUGCCCCGUUUGACAUCGUUCCUCUUGCCAAGGAGACCGAGGGCGACAUGUUCAAGGGCAGGCUGAUUGACGAGAAAUCUGUCGACGUCGAGCUUCUGAAGACAUGGCUAAAGACUUGUAAAGAGAAGCACCACAUUGUUUGCUGGCCUACGAGCGAGCAGACUGCCAGUCGGAUUCAACCGUUCAUAAGGCUUUUGGAUCUCAAAGACAAUUGCCUCGUCCAAAAGUCUGAUCUCCCAGACUUUGUUGCCCUGAGCUACGUCUGGGGCCCGCGCGGUGUUGUAAACUAUACACUCACAACCGACAAUAUCGCCGAACUCUCCACGCCCGGCGGGCUGAGUAAGAAUGUGGAAAAGCUGCCUCGGACGAUUCAAGACGCCAUCAACCUAACGAGGCGUGUCGGACACCGGUACCUCUGGAUCGACUCACUCUGCAUCAUCCAAAAAGGCAAUCCAAACGAUCAGGGCGUGCAGCUCAAUCUGAUGGACGAUAUAUACCGCGGAGCUUCUUUUACAAUCGUUUCCGCCAACGGCGAAGACGCGAAUGCUCGGCUAUCCGGGAUCGAGGGAGUCGAGAGAACCAAGAAGCAGCACACCACCGAGUACUCCAAGGACCUCACCCUACUCUCUCUCGUUCCCGACUUUGAGGAUGGCGUGGAGAAAAUCUACUGGAACUCACGUGGCUGGACGUACCAGGAACGGCUACUCUCACGCAGGCUCAUCACCUUUACCGACAACACGGUCUACUUCCAAUGCGGCCAGAUGACCUGCAGUGAAGACUUCAACAUGCUCCGUGAGGACGUCACGCAGAGCGCCUCGCAGCAGAAUAUUGCCCUGUCCCGCGGGGAGGCGCCGCCAACUCUCACCCCGCGGAGUCAGUAUCGUCUGGGCAUCUCUCCCGAGUUCUACUAUCGCAUGGUCACCGAGUACACCUCACGAGAGAUGAGCCACACAGACGACCGUGUCAAUGGUUUCAAGGGUAUCUUGAACGUCAUUGAAAAGGUGCCCGAGUACAAAAACGUCUUCGCAUGGGGCGCCUGGGCCAAAGAUUUACUCGCCUUUUCUCUGUUGUGGCAGCCGCGACAGGAGCUCACCAGGGUUUCCAAGUACAAGUCUGACCCGCCAAUCUUGAUCUAUCCCUCAUGGUCGUGGGCGGGCUGGACGGGAGCCGUAAGGUUCGAUGACCUUGCCGACUGGAACGGCCUGCCUGCUCUCGAGAGUCCGUUCGACCGGGUACGUCCAGCGGGCUGGGGCGUCUCGGUUGAGCUGAAUAAGACUGGAAGACCGGAAGAGCACGACUUUCACCUGCGGCUCCGAACGAGAGUCGGGAAAUUCAAGCUCAUUCUCCACGACAGAAGCGGAGCCCUGAAGCCGCCGUCGUUACCGGAUGUCAAGGAACCUCACCCCGUCCGCUUCGGUAUCACGCACUCCGCUGUCCCGGAAGAUGGAGGCGAGCAAGAUUGGCUUGGUUCCAUUCUGAUGCCCAAGGGAUACCGGCAGAAAGAGAAACUGGGAGCCACGUACGAGUUUGUUGUUCUUUCAGAAGCGUAUGGUUUCUCAGGAGACGAGUUGUCGAGAAAUGCCGGCCAAAAGCCUUGGGAGGCUGUCAACGUGAUGUUGAUCAACCGAAGAAUCGUGUACGGCCAAGGUCCAAAGGCUUUUUCAGUUGUUCAACGGGCUGGUGUGGGCAGGAUGUUCAAGUCGGCAUGGGAUGGGAUAUCCAUGGAGAUGGAGGAUAUGUUGGUCGAAUGA